GAAACAGUAGCAACAUUUCUAUUAUUCAAAUAUAUGAAGAUAAAUUAGAAAUCUCUCAAGAAGCAUAUAAUAGUGAUGAAGAUAACUUUUUCAAUACUUAUGAAAGUGAAACCAAUCUAGAUGAAAUUGAAAGUUACUAUAUUGAUGACAAACUAGGCCAGUAUCAAGAAAUACAAUAUGAAAUCGAUACUAGUAAUGCAAGGCCUAUUAAACAAUCAGCUUAUCAGGCUUUGCCAAAUAAACAAGACUUUUUAAAUAAAGAAAUAGAAAAAUUGUUAAACAACAA